GCCAGUUCUAUUCUAUCCACAUCCUAUCCUAUAUGACUGAAUAAAUAUAGAACCGACCUGCAAAAACUUGUUGUAUCGGCUGCAAAUCUCGCUGAAUUUGUGGCGAGGUGGCUAUCCGCUGUAUCCGAAUAACACUACUGGUCUUGCACGACGCCGGCAUGAAUGACGAGGUUGCGACCGACAUCACCGAGGGCCAGCAGGCUCGCAAAUGGUGGAGCGACGCCGACGACAUGAGUCUGUUGACUCAAGUCAACAUUGACCUGCCCUUCAAGCAAGCGAAGAACACAACGAAGGCGUGGGAUGCGGUGGCGAACAAGCUCCGCCAAGUUCAUGGGUUUGGCAGGAUUGGGCUGGACGGCAAGAAGGCCUCCAGCCGCUUCUACCAAUUGCUGCGGGUCCACAGGAAGUUCCAAGAGAGCUCAAAGUACCUCUCCGGCGUGGAACAAGACGAGACAGGCAAGAUCAUGCUUCUGGACGAGUUGAUUCAACUCUUCGACGAGGCCAGCGACGAACGGCAAGCCGAACGAGCAACGACGGCCGCCAAGGCCACCGAAAAGGAGGCCGCCGCGGGAUAUAUGCGGGAGCAAGCAAUGAUGCGGGGUCGCCGUAAGUCCAAUGAAGGCGACGAUUCCACCGACAGCGACGUGGCAAGUCGCAAACGAAAGGCUAUUUUCGAAACUCAAGAGCGCGAAAUUGCGUUGGAACACGAGCGACUCGAGUUUAAGAAGUAUAAAUUUGAGAUGGAGCUACAGGAAAGAGAAAAGGACAGGAUGGAAAGAAUCCAGCAACGCGAGGACGAAAGAAAUAGAAAUGAUGACAUGAUGGACCUCAUCCGUCACUUGCUUCACCGCUAA